AAAAAAAGGUACUGGAUUCUAGAUUUAGCAGUAGUACUAUCUAGAUCUACAUACUUAGAUCUAUUAUCAUCUAUGUCUAUUAUUCUAUAUAGAGAUCUAGAUCUAUAGUCCAGGCAUAGGUUGGAAAAUGAAGUAGUCAAACCUUACCCCAACAAAUCUGAACUUUUAUGAUAAGGACUGCAUAGGUGGUGGCAGACCAUGUUGCAGAACACUACAGACCUCCCAGAGCUGGAGAGCCAACUAAAUCUUACUGGUGAGGGUGUCACCUUGGAUGAGCUGCUUAACAUUACUACUCUUGAUUCUGUAACAACGCCUGUUCCAGACCAUGCUUGUGACAACAGAGAGUAUGAGAUUGUCUCUGGCAUUGCUGCUGCUGUGUGCAUCACCUUUGGCAUUCUUUACACAUUUUUUGGAUACCGGUUCUUUAAAGCAAUCAUGUUUCUUACUGGCUUCUUGUUCUGCGCUGUAACUGUUUAUAUGAUACUGAGUGAAGUGAAUGUUUUACCUCUGGAAGGAGUCUUGGGCUGUGCUGCAGGAGCAGGAGUACUUGUUGGUCUAGUUGCAAUGUUGAUUCAGUACAUAGGUCUGUUUCUGACGGGCUUUUGUUUGGGCCUCUCCGCAGCAGCCAUUAUUCUUGUUGUAGUUGAGCAGUUCACUCAUCCAUAUAAUAUGUGGAUCCCUAUAGUUGUUUACCUCAUUUUAGGCAUUGCUACUGGCCUGCUGGGCCUCAGGUUUCAAAAAGCUGUUAUUAUUUUGAGCACUAGUGUAAUUGGUGGAGCUCUGGCUCUAGCUGGAAUAGACUACUUUGUAGGACUUUUGAGUAUGACCUUUUACUUGUGGGAUAGGGUCAUUGCUAGACCUUCAGAGCAAGUGUGCUGGUUCAGCUGGCUUAUUUUGGGACUAUGGCCAGUGGUAGCCUUGGCAGGUGCAAUAGUUCAGUGGAAAUUCACUGGGCAUGAAAUUGAUCAUAGAAUAGUUUUAAGAAGGGAGCAAACUUCUAAUGUGCAAACAUCAAGAGCUAGGGAAAAACGAGAAACACAGCAAACUCGGUAUAGACAUUUAUAUCAAGCAAGAAGAGUCAAAGGCGAUGUCAUUUCCCAGACUUUUUUACAAAGUAUUGAAAGCAAGCUGUCUCCGGCAAUGCAAAGCCUAACCGCCUUGAACACAGAGCCCAGCAAUGAGGAGGAAAGUACUGCUACAACGACACUCACUCACUUGACUUGAUCCCUUUUUUCCAUGGCAUGUGAAAAACAAGUCACCCUGAUGAUCACACAGCUUCUAUGACUGUGACUACUGGUUUCAAAAAGGAAUAAAGAACCUUGGAGCCUGGGCAUGUUUUUUUAAUGUUUGCAGUUUGUUGUUGCUGGCUUUUUAGUUGAAUUCUUGCUAGACAUCAAAGGAUGGUUAUUAUGUUAACAAGCAUUUAAACUGACAAUACUGUUCCCCAGUGUUUAAAAACAUUUUUGUUUUUCAACUUUGCUCAACUAAAAAUAAUAAAUUUUAGUUAGUUUAGUUGUUGUUAGUUAAAAUGUUUCCAGAGUGCUGUUUUACUUAUUUAUGUAAGGGACAGCAUAGAGUCAUUAUUUGAAAGAUUUUUUAAAAAAAUAUUUAAGAACUUUUUUGGCUCAUUUACUUGAUAGUAUAUAAUUGAAAGAGACUUUUCUCCAUUCACACCUGACCUGUCUCACUGUCAGAAAUAUUCCAAACAACUGCUCAAUUUAUAAUACAGAUUUGUUGGCACUAGAAAACCUACAAGAAAAAAAAAGUAUUUCCACCCAGGUGUUGGUAUUAUUUACCUUAGUUUAUAAUACCUCAGUCAUUACUAAUUGAGGUAAUGAUAAACUAAAUGUUUUUGACAAUGUAUAUAGCUUACAGUUGUAUAUAUAUAUAUAUUAUACAGAUAUAUAUGAACUGAAAAAGUUGAUCCCAUUUCCCCUCAGCUUGUGUGAUGAUUAGCUUGUGAUAGCUCCUCCAGAUUUGCUUUUUUUUUGUUGUUGUUGAAAUGUACAGACUGUUAACAUUUUGUAUCCAGUUGUUGUGUACUAUAACUAGUUUAUUGUGCAAGUGGGCUUUUUUUCCCCCUUAGCUUUUAGAUUUUCCUCCAUCCAUCAUAUAAAGCCAGAAAUCCUUUACGAAACUGGUGAAACAUUCCCCAUAAGUAUGAAAUAUUUAUUAUUGUCAGUGAUGGGAAUUUUCCGACAAUUGUCGGAAUUCCGAUAAUUUCUUCUGGUCCGAUUUUCUAGCAAAAAAAUCCGAAGUUUUCCAGACAUUUUUUUUUUUUUAAAUCCGAUUUUUUUUUUUUCAAUUUUUUUUUAUGAAAAAAAAAAUCCGAUUUUAUUAUUUUUCCAUUUUCGGAAGAAUGCGAAAUAAGAUUUUUGAUUUGUUUUGAAAUCCGCACAUCCGGUCUUUUGACACAAUUAAAGUUCUAUUUUUUUUUUUAAAUCUUGUGUUACCGUAUUGUCUUAUAAGUCUAGAUCUCGGUCCAGAUUAGAGUGGUUUGAAUCAGUCUAGAUAGAUAUCUAGAUUCUUUAAUUUGAAUACUUUUGAUCUAGAUCUAGACUUCAAUGGCUGCUUGCCAGCUUUUGAAAAGUAUUCGACUUAAACUUAACUUAGACUUAAGAGUAUCAAUCAUGAAUGAUGCCCGGUCGCUAUGUUACGACGUAUGUAGCGCUAAUCGCCGCUAUUACUACAAUUCAAGAUCUAUUAUUUUUUCACUGUUGUUACGAUGACCCCUAGAUUUUUCUAAUUUGAACCCUGCCUGCCGACUUCCUUGAGUUCAAAUGGGAUUAGAUUUAGACAUCUAGAUCUAUUAUAAUAAUAAUAAGAUCUAGAUCUACUCAUCUAAUAGAGUGAUACUGUGAUAGACCUACCGUGUACCGACCAUCUGGAUUUAUAUAUAGAAUAUACUUUUUUUAUAUAGUAGUAAGUAGGCCUUCUUAAACUUCUUAACAUGACUAUAGUGAGUUACUGAGUAUAAGCCUGACAGAAUGUAGAUAUCUAAUAAUAAUAUAUUGGAUCUAGAAUCUAGAAAAGUUAUUAGAUAUAAGUAGUAGUAGCUAUAGAUUAUAGAUCUAUCUAUAGUGAGGGAUAUGUAUAUAUUUUAAUAUAAAACUUAUCAUUACUAAUUUUAAAAGCAUGUUUUUCAAACACAUUUAAUCCUUAUAGUUGUUUGAGAAAGAAGUUGUUACAAUAUCUGUAUAAAGCAGUUAUCUAUUAUAGAAUGCUCAGACUGCAAAAAGCUUUCUCCUCCCAUCAAUAUAUAUACAAACAAUAGUGCCAUGAAUGCAUUUUGAGUGCAGUAAUGCUAAAUGAAGUGCAGUUUGUGUGCAGUAAUGCACAAUGCAGUGUAAAUGUUAUGUAAUACAACAUUAAUUAAAGAAAAUAUUAAAUUAAAUGAUUCUACGUAGUUUAAAAAAAUUCAGCAACAUCUUUUUUUAAGUCGUCGCCACGACAGGCCAGUUCAAAAACGGGGGGGGGGGGGGCUUACAAAAUUUCCUAAAAUUUUUGCAAAGUCAGUUCCCAUCACUGUAUUGUACAGUUGUAUUAAUCAGAUAUUGCAAAGUUGAAUGUUGUGUAGCUUAAUUGCUUUUAGUCAUUUUUCAUUGAUUGUAUAAAGCAUUUUGUGUAAACAUUGAUUGAUCGUUGAUUUGUUCAAGUGUCAGAAUAAAGGUUGAAAUGUAGAGAGAAUCUAUUUUCCCUAAAUGUUUGCAAGAAGAAAAAGCACAAUGAAAUCAAUUUUGUUUAGUGUGUGAUCUGUUUUAGAAUGUUUCUAAUGACUAGUGUUUUAGAAUGUUUCUAAUGACUAGUAAGUGUUUUAGAAUGUUUCUAAUGACUCUAGUAAGUGUUUUAGAAUGUUUCUAAUGACUCUAGUGUUUUAGAAUGUUUCUAAUGACUAGUGUUUUAGAAUGACUCUAGUAAGCUCUGUUGGAUUAUUAGAAACUUCCUUCUCUUGAUGAUUUACUCUUAAAAAACAAAAUUUGCUUGUUUAGUGAGAAGUAGUACAUCCAAGUACUCCUUGUUGGGCCUAGAAUUACAUUAGAUAAAUAUCUGAGCAUUUCAAAGGGAAAAUUAACCAUUACAUUUUACUCAUUCUGAAAUAUUUUUUUUUUAUCUUCUCACGUUUUCGGAAUGUUUUGAAAGUUGUUUUUAGUGUGAUUCAAAAUAUAAUGCUAUCUUUUUUCUGUUUCGUUGAUCAUGGCCUGGCUGCCAUGAAGUAAGUUGUAGUUUUUGUAACAAAAAAUGUAUAGCUUUGUUGCUUAGGAUUAUUUCAGGGCAUUGUUCUGUAUCUUCUUGAAUCUUUUUAGCAUCACCUUUUUUAUAACACUAUCUAGAGCAAAUAAAGCUUUAUGUUGGAUUUUAGGCUUUAAUGGCCAAUACAUAUAUUCAAAUAAUUCACUUUUAUCUAUCCAAUUUUCUCUGAUGUUUAACUUUUUUUGCAUUGUGACAGUCCUUUAGAAAUUACCAUCACUUACAUUUGAUUCUGUAGACCCACACCAUUAGAGAAAUGUUUAUAUGUAACAUUUAAAAGUUGACACACGACAUUUUAAAAAGGGAAAAAUUCUGAUAAUGUUAUAUUAUAUGAAUAUAUCAUAGAUUCUAUUGUUAAUAAGGUUCAAUAAUUCUUGUGUUGGAAAAUGCUGUAUUGUUAUUUAUUGGUCAGCCAGUGACUGACAUGCAUGGAAUACAUUCAAACUGUAUACAGUAAAUUAAAAUUAGAGUGCUUCUUAAAUGCACUAAUCAAGGAUGAAGUUCUCUUGAUGAGGUAGCUCAGUCAAAAAAACUACAUAACUGGACUUUGUAAAUAUAUUUGUUUUAUCCUGAGAUGACAUUGAAUAUUGUCAUUUUUUUUUUAGUUAAUUGUGCAUACUGAUAGUCAUUUGGGCCAACAUUUCUGUAAGAUAAAUAUGAAUGCUUUAUUUAGAGAGUUAAUUACAAACACCACAUCCCAGUUUUAAGUUGUUAAUAUAUCAUGAAAGUUGAAUGUAAAAAUAAUUAAGCUGUUGCAAAAUUUAUUGUGUAAUAUGUAAUUUUGAUUUUUAAUUUUUUUAAUUUAUAGGUUGUUUCCUAAGGUUGUAAUUGCAAUAUAAGAAUGUAAAGGAUGUUUUUAUCUGAACAUUUUGCAAGUUGUGAUAUAUUCUUCAAUUAUUGUGUGUAAUAGCACCAAGAGUGUACAUCAUGAGAUUUGUAGAGUAUGUGUCAUUGUGUCUGCACUUAAAGAGACUGUAGGAUCUGACAGUUCCUGAAAGGGUUUAAAGUAGACUGUGCUUUCAGAUGGUUGGUACUACCUCCAUCCCACUUCUCAGUAUUUUCUUGUCAUUCAAUGCAUUCUUUGAAAGUUGCCAUUUCUAGUCCUCUUUUACAUACAUCACUAGAUUCACGUUUUAGUGUUAUAUUUCUCUUUGUUUUGUCAAUAUUUAUACUUUCUUAAUGGAAUUAUUAAUCUGAGCCCCCGACCCCUUCACACACACACACCCCUCCCUUAAUUGGCAGCUGUGUCCCAUCCAUAACAUUCCAUGGACCCAAACAAUGAAUAAUGCCAUUGCUAUGCUUUGUGUGUUUGAUAAAAAUAAUCAUUAUUGUAUUCAAUUAUGUUUGAGAAAUUAUAAUAACACAGUGCAUAAAUUGUCUUUUUUUUUUCUUUUUUAAUAACAUAAAGUAAAUAUGCUUGUUGUUUUUUUCUCCAGAAUAUGAGUUUGAAGCAUAUUUAUUAUUGCUGUUGUUAUACUUGUAUUACAUGUCCAAAUCAUCUUACUAUUUGAUUUUCAUUUGUAUAUUUGUUGAAAUGUUGCCAAUGUUAAAGGCUAGACUAGUUAUUACUUGUCAGUAGCAUAUUAGUUUGAUUCACUGCCAAGUCAUAAUCUCAUUACUCUGUUAGGAUUUAUGUUCUAUUGGUGUUGAAAGUCAAUACUAAAAUGAAGUAAAGCUAUACAAAAAAUGGUUGAGACUAAGGCAGAUAUUCAUGUUUCCUGUUUAAAUUUACACUAGACACCUUGUGCUUUUCUUUGCCAACUUUGAAAUAGUGUAAAUAUUUGUGUGUGUUUGUUUGCUGGUACAAUAAUGCUAAAGAUAAUUAAUGGAGCAAAUAAUUUGUAUGUAAAAGUUACCUGUGGAUCCUAUGACAAACAGAUACAAGUGCAGGGGUGGCCUAAAAAUGUUCCCUCCUUCUCCAUAGAAAUGUUUACAAAUAUGAUCACAUGAAAAUCUCUGUCCUCUCUUGGGAGCAGUGCUGUGAGAAGUGCAUAGAUCCAAAAGGAGAUUAUGUGGAGAAAUAAACAUUAAUUUAAAGGACAAAAAAACUACUUGUUUCAUUAAGUUGGAAACUUUCUGACCAUCUGUUGAUGUAAGCUUGAAAAAAAUAUGUAGUGGUUUUGUUUUUUUUGUUUUUUUUUUUAAUCAUGUUCAACAAAACAGAAUGGAUUGAGAUAAUCCCACUUCACAUUUAAGUUGGUAAUAUUUCAUAAGUCAUACACUGCAUCCAUUCUUGUGCAGCAGUUCUCAAACCUUGUGUGUACACUUAUUCCUGUUUGUCUGUCUGGUGACUGGGUCACAAUGAAAAGUCUAAACUUAUAUGUUGACAAAAGGUUAAGAAAUGGUGUCAUGUAAUACUUGAUUUUUAAAAGAUCAUAUUUCAUUAAAUUGAAUAAUCUAAAGAAAAUCUUAACAAUUUUAUUGACUAUCAUCUUGUAGCUCCUGCUCCUGUUAUCAAGUAAAAUUUAAAAAGGAAAAAAAAACACAAUAAUAUAGAUAAAUAUUGUUUGUUCAAUAAAGCUGUAGCUGCAGUUUAGGAAAUAAAAACAGAGGAACUACAUAUUUCACCCCAACUCUGUUGCAAUCAAGGCCGGUCCUAUAGGUUGCAGACCCUAUGCGAAAUGGAUUGAGCAGAGCCUAAUUUGGGUUGUGAUAAGGAUAAUAAGUGAAAAUUAAGAUUUUGUAUUAGAAAAGAAAUUAGUCUUUGCAUUUUAUUUAUAUUUUACUAAGUAGAAAAUCACUGUCAAAUUAACUUUAUGAGCCAUCUGCAGUAGAUAGUAGUUUUCCCAUAAAAAGCUGAUAAACAUUCAGAUCUGUCUUUUAGAUUUACUAUCGACUAGCAAAAUAUCGCUUUUGUUGUUUUUUUUUUCUAAGAAGUCAAUAUAGAUUUAGAUCUAGAUUUGUAUGCCAGUGACUAUUGAAGUAAAUUAAGCAUUUGAACUUCUUGUUUUGGUUAAAAUUCUGCUUAUUAUUACAUUUUUAUUGAAUGAAAGCUGACAAAGAUGGGUUUUUUUAAUCGCGAGUAGGAUUGGCAUUUUCCAUAUUGAAUGACACCCCGAAAUGACAACUUUGUCUGUUGUAAGAUUUGCAUGAGUUUUCAGAAGAUUUUAAUAAUUUCAGAUUUUCAUUACUUUUUUUUAUAUUUUAUAACUUCAGGAGAAUUCCAGGAAGCCUGUAAUGAAUUAGUUAAAAUGGUUUAAUUUUUUUUUUUUAAUAAUUAACACCUAGAAUUCGCAUUGCGCGGGGCCUAUGAAAGUGCGGGUCCCACUGCUGCAGCAUAGGUUGCAGUGUCCUAAGACCAGCCCUGGUUGAAUCAAUCACUCCUAGAGGCAUAAAACACUUUUUUUUAUAAGUAUAUCUACUAACUGAAAGAAACCCAGAACAUAAACUUUAUAAACAGUUCCCUUGUGUGCUAAAUAUACUCACAUGGGAAAACAAUUAAAUAGAAUCAGUAGAAUAUGUUACUGACAUUUUAUAUUGUAUAAACCAUUGUAUUUUAACAUCAUUUUUUAAGCUCAACUUCUUCAUUCUCAUGGCUGCUUCUUAUUCCUGUAUAGUUCCUUCUUCCAUUGGCUUCUUUCUACUCCAUCUUUGAACAUUUUUGUGUUCAUGGUUCUAUUGGUGUAUGUCUUAGUGGAGGCUGGAUGGCAACAUCAGUGAGAUUGGAAUGCUUUAUACAUUUACAUACCCUGGAAUAAAUCUGUUAUUUAUUGAGUUGACUGAUGACCAUAAGAAGCAGAAGUCGUGACCAAAAGAACUAAGUCAUGUUUCUGCAAGGCCAUAUCCUAUACUAAUCAUUUAUCCUGGUUAUUUGUGACCUACAGUUAUGAGAUAAUGUAUCCCAGAACUACAACUUUAUCCAUUUGUAAAUGUCAGUAUUACCCUGGCCUCUAAGUCAAAUUUACUACAGAAAAAUAGCAUCCACAUUUUUUGUUUCAAUCACAAUUUUAUUUUGAUGUUUAGUUUACACAGAAAUUUUAACUUUUAUACAUUUUUUUUUAAAUUUGCUUCAAUGCACACAUGUAUAUUGAAAAUACAUUUUUGAUGAUUUUUAAUAUUUAGAAUUUUUUUUUGUAAUCUUGUAGAUUUGUGUUUGUACAUUUAAAUUGUUCAUGGCUAAAUCAAAUGAAUGCUUUUAAUGUUGUGACUAUUUUAUUUCCUCAAAAUUGUCAAGUUUUUUUUUUGUUUUUUUUUUUUUUUCUCUUUAAGUUCCGGUUAAUCUGUUAUUGUAAUGUCAGAGAUUUGAAACUUAGAAGUAGGACUGGGAGUAUUUGAAUAAAACGUUUGUGAAAACUGUUA